AUGGAUCAAGCAGACGAUUUGAAGGCAUUUGAACGUCGUAUGAUCGAAAUCGUUUCAUCACUUCAACCAUCGAUAUGGCGUUGGCGUGUGAUCCUAUUCAUUCUUGUCGUUGUUACACUUCUCACAUUUUAUGCAUUGAUCACGGAUGAUUCAUUCAACGCGUCAUCUUCAGUCAACCAAUCUAGUGAUAAUUCUUUCCUGUCUACAAUCUACUCACAUCUGUUUUGUAAAAAAAUCUAUUUUUCAAUAUCAAUUUCCUUCCUCAUCUUCGCGUUUCUGUUCGGUAUUCAUCGUAAAAUGUUUUCAUCUUCGAUUAUAAUUGCACGAUUUCGGUAUAUUCUCGCUGAUUACAAUAUGUCAUGUGAUUCCGAUGGACGACUUAUUAUCAAACCACGACCAACGCCACCCUAUCUAACUGCUUCAUCUUGA